AUGCUUCGUUUGAACUACGUAGAAUAUCACUUUCAAUUAAAGGUGCUGCGACGUAUAAGCGGAGCGAGUGCAGUGCAGUCACUAAGGAAAUUAAGAACUAAUACGCACUUCUACAUACAGGGUUGCGUGAGUGCAGCCAUAAUGAUUUUUGCCCUUUAUGCUGUCCAAUUCAUUCGUCUAACAACGACACGACAUUUGAAAUACUUCUUGGACACUCUUGCCUGGGAACUCGUCCAGAUGAGUAACGGAAUUGUACUCAUCAUUUUCAACAAGCCCUUUCGCAAUGUUUUCCGACCGAAUCUAAGCCUGAACAGGUCACGAGCAGUGACUCCGCGUGAAAUGACUUUCUCUUGA